AUGCCGAGCAGUCCUCGGAGACCGAAGUCGACGGCAGUGGCGGCGUCGUCCGAGACGUGGCGGCGCAACUCUACAAAGAGCUUCGUGGCACUCAGCGCAUUCAUAUUUCUUGUCGUCAUCGGUGUACAUUGGACGACGGUGAGUCGUGAGCAUGUAGAGCUGCCAAUGGAUCGCGUUCUGGCAGACCUGCAGGCGAGCUGCCUCACUCUGAAAGACACCCCAGCCUUGACCUCUGCCUCGCUCCCUCCCGCGUUUUACGGGCUGGGUGUUUGGGUGGACUCUCCGGUGUUGCUACCCAGCGUACACGCGGCGCUUGCUCUGAUGAAGGAGCGGUUGGCAGAGGGCCUGGGCACCGCUGCGGCGGGUGUCCCGCUGCAGACGCACACGCUUCAUACCUUUGUGCGUCUGCAGUCACAGAUGCGGGACGAAGCGGUCGCUGCACUCGUCACGGACGAACCGAGUGGGCGCUUCCCUAGCGCGAAGCGAGUGAUGCGCACGCUGGAGCGCUUGGCAAACCAACAGCAGCUCGGCUUGCCGACGCUGAAGCAUGCCUUUCUGCCUGAGGUUGGCCAGGAGGUGGAACUGUUUGGCCUGUCGCUCUUUAGUGUGCCGGCGUCUGCGCUGCCAGGGGAUGCAGCGAGCAAGGUGCAGUGUUUCGUCGCUGACGUGCGGCAAGCGUACUGCGUGCUUCCCCUGGAGGAGCCGGAUGCCUCCGACGUCGCGUCCUCCGGCAGGACGAGUUUUUCAGCAGCGUCUCUCACACCUUUGUCGUACCGACUGCGGGCCGCCUCACUGGAGGCCGAGGUGCGCGCGGCGCUUCUCUCUGUCGUGGCACAGCAGAUCGGCCUGGCUUCUUUCAAGCCGGCCGACGUGGCGGCCUGGAAGCGGUCGCGGGAGCAUCAGGGGUGUCUGCACACAAUCGCCUCUGUGACGAGUACGCUGCGCUCCAUUGCGGCAAACACGAACAUGGCCGUCCCACAAAGCACGGAGCGCAUGUUCGCAGUCUUGGAGCGCCACGUGCAAUCCGGCUCCUUCCUGCGAGCCGCGCGUGCCGCCGACGACCUGCAGUUCCACCCAUUGCUCACCCCGCAGCUGUACAUUCCGUGGGACCAUUCGCUCGUCUCGCAGUUGAUCUUGCUGCUGCCGAUGGUGUCCUGCACGCUGCUGGCCGCGCGCUUUCUCGUCGAGGAGCGCUGGCACGACCGCGCCCGCGCAAAGGCCGCUGCCGAGGCACAGGAUGCGAAGAAAGGCCAGUGA